CAAGUAAUCACGUGUUUUAACGCGGAAGUUCGGCGUCUUCUUCGCACAAAUCAAGAUGGCAGCGCACCCAGGAGGUGGCGGACAGGGCGACUCCAAGGAGCAAAUCCUGGAAUUGGGAACCGUCUUGUUAAAGGAUUUCAUUUACGAGCGAGUCCGUCGGCACGGGGACAACAGCGCUGUGGUGACCCGGGCCCAGCUGGGAGUAAGCGAGCUAUGCGACGGCAAUCAAAAGAGGCUGGCCCAAUGCCUCCAGAAGAUCGGAGACGAACUGGACGGCAACGUGGAGCUCCAAAGGAUGAUCAACUGCCCCUCGCUGAAACCCAGCAGGGAGGUGUUUGUGAAGGUGGCCGUCGACAUCUUCUCCGACGGAAAGUUCAGCUGGGGCCGAGUGGUCACCCUCUUCUACUUCGCCUGUCGACUCGUCAUCAAAGCGUUGCUUAAUAACGUUCCCGACAUCAUCAGAACCAUAAUCAGCUGGACCAUCGACUACCUCCGCGAGCACGUUCUCAACUGGAUCAGGGAGCAAGGAGGCUGGGAUGGUAUCCGCUCCUACUUUGGCACUCCGACAUGGCAAAUGGUGGCUGUGUUCAUGGCAGGGGUCGUCACCACUAUUGUCGUGACUCGUAAAAUGUGAGGAGCCCACUCGCGGGGGGUGGAAGGACGAGAUUGAGGGGGAGAAAAAACUUGCAUGAGGACUUGAUGGACUUGAGAUCUUUUUGUAAGGACUUUGGCGCUGUUGUAGCCCCCCCCCCCCCAGUGUCAUUUGAGCUGUAUGCACUAAAGGGUGUGUGUGGGGGAGGGGCAAUUCUGAGCGAGGGAAUCCAUUUUAAGUAAUUUAUUUUUUACCUUUUUGGUAUCGAAAAGAAAGUCACUGUAUUUUUGUUUUCUGCUGUCAACCGGAGGAUGUUUUCCCCACCUUCAUUUCAUUCAUAAUUUCAAAAUGCAUCUUCCUCCGAUUUGUCAAAGUGCAAUCGAGAUGUUCUAGUAUUUGCUUCUUCCUUUUCCUUCAAGUAUCCUUAAUUUUUCAGGAAGAUUUAAAAAAAAAAAAAAUGUGGCUGUUUUCUGUCCUCCUGUAUCCAAAGCAAUAUGUGGACAAAUCACGUGGUUAGCAGAGCCUCGCCGUUCUCUUCUGAAAUUGAGUCCGAUUGUUAUGUUUAAUAACACUUGACCAGCAUUUGUAAUAAACGGUGUGUAUUUGUGUGUGUGGUCACGACACAUGCAUAGCUUACGUUUAAAAAAAGUACGGUACUGUAUUAUUUGUACAGGAGUCAUUUACAAUUCAAUUUUCUCUAUACAGCACAAAGAAAACAAAAACAAAAAAACUUUUAUACAUUUGUUUGUCAGUGCCUUGGUCUUAUUUUUUUGUUUGUUUGUUUUUACACUGAAAUUUUCACCUUUUUCUAUCACAUUUCUAAAAGUUCUGAUUUUACAAGUCACGCCCUGAGAGGGGAACAAAACAAUCACUUUGAAGUGACUUUGUAUGUUGUAAUAUGGAUAUUAAACAUUUAACUCUUAAA